GUCCGUACAAUAUCCCAAACCCUAAUAUUUGUAUUUUGAUCGCGAAGCGAGCAAACCGAAAGUUGCUGAACAUCCGGAAGACGAAGAGUCGCCUAUCAGAUUCGCCAUGGGUAAGGUUCACGGAUCUUUGGCUCGUGCCGGUAAGGUGAGAGGCCAGACGCCAAAAGUUGCUAAGCAAGACAAGAAGAAGAAGCCACGAGGACGCGCUCACAAGCGGAUGCAAUACAACCGCAGAUUCGUUACUGCCGUGGUUGGAUUCGGCAAGAAGAGAGGACCGAACUCAUCCGAGAAGUAAGAGAGCUCGAUAAUGUGAUAUUUUGGUCAUUUUAUUACCUGUUAUUUGGAGAUAUUUUAUACUUCUGUUAGUUCUUAUUUGAUGUGGUUAAACUGAAAUUUCUCUGAACGAUACUAUUAUUCUUUCUUUUAGAAAGAUUCUUCUCACUUAAUGCUCGGUUGAUAUUUAGAUUUGAUGUUUAA